UGCAGAAAAGCUUCAUUAAUUUUUCACAAGAUUUGUCUAAUAGUCGGAGCAGAGCUGAGAAAGCCACAUCUGAGUGCCUGUGCCAGCAGCUUGCAAAGAGUUAACCCAUUAGGCCACAUCCUGUGAGCUCAUCCCUGCCGGAGCCUGCUCAGUGGCUGGGAUUCACAACACACUGACUCUGAUGUGGCCAGGGUGGCUUUCUCCAGCUGGGAUGAAGGACUUGAGCAGAAACUCAUUGCCAGCUUCCUCCCCGUGUGAGCACCGACCGAGUCCCAGGUUCCCCAUCUUCCCUCGGGACAUUGUGCAUGGUGCCUGGUCUUGAACAGCCAUGACGAUGGAGGUGCUCCCCAAGACCCUGGAGGUAGACGAGGGGUCUCCAGAGUCCAAGGACCUGCUGCCCAGCCAGACAGCCAGCUCCCUGUGCAUCAGCUCCAGAAGUGAGUCUGUCUGGACCACCACCCCCAGAAGCAACUGGGAAAUCUACCACAAGCCCAUUAUCAUCAUGUCAGUGGGCGCUGCCAUUCUGCUCUUCGGCGUGGCCAUCACCUGCGUGGCCUACAUCCUGGAAGAAGAGAAUAAGGUCGUGCCAGUCCUCAAGAUGAUAGGGCCUGCCUUCUUGUCCUUAGGUCUCAUGAUGCUUGUGUGUGGGCUGGUGUGGGUACCCAUCAUCAAAAAGAAGCAGAAGCAAAGGCAGAAGUCCAACUUUUUCCAAAGCCUCAAGUUCUUCCUCCUGAACCGCUGAGGGCAGGUUGACCAGAAGAUCUGGUGA